CCAGGGUUCAACCGCUAAGCAGGUCCAGGAGGCCAAGGCUCAGACGGAGGGAGAGGUGUCGUGCGCCCAGAGCCAUGGACUACCAACAGAAACUGGCUGAAAAACUCACCAUCCUCAAUGAGAGAGGGAAUGGGGUGCUAAUACGUAUGAACUACAUUAAGAAGUCAUGUGCAGACCCCAAACUGCGGCCUUCCUUCCUGACAGAAAAAGCCAUGGAGUCUGCCAUCAAGUAUAUUAAUAAGAAAUUCCCCAACAUUGACUUCAGAGGAAACAUUCAAAAUUUGACCAACAUCCAGCGACAGAAAUCUGAAGUGCUGACUGCCACGGCGAGCUACUACGAAUCUUUCCUGGAUGUCAUUGAGUUCAGGGACCAUGUUUAUGAGUUGUUGAACACCAUAGAUGCCUGUCAGUGCUACUUUGAUAUUGCGACCAACUUUGACUUCACCAAAAGCUACCUGGAUCUGAUCAUCACGUACACGUCUGUUAUCAUAACGCUCUCUCGCAUCGAUGAUAAGAAGACUCUUGUGGGCAUGUUCAACUGUGCCCACGAGAUGACAAAUGGAAGCAGUGACCCCUCCUACCCUCGGCUUGGCCAGAUGUUUCUGGAAUAUGACCAUCCCUGGAAGAAGCUCACUGAGGAGUUUGGCCCUCAUACAAGGUCUGUGACAGCAGCACUGCUUUCACUAAAGAUGGUCUACCCACGGAGGAACCUGCCAGCAGAGCAGUGGCGGAGCGCCCAGCUCCUCAGCCUGCUCAGUGCUCCAGCUGCCAUGCUGGACCCAGCCUGUUGUGACACUAUGGCGUGUGAAUACCUGUCUAUGGAGACAAUGGAGCGUUGGAUUAUUAUUGGCUUCCUGCUGUGCCACUCAAGCCUGAAUUCAAACCAAGCCUCCCAGGAACUGUGGAAAAUGGGUCUGCGAAGCGGUGUCUACUUGACUCUCACAAGAGAUGAAGCCCUCAACAUACACAAGGUCACAGAGGACCUCUUUGACAACUUCAAAGGAUAUAGCAAACGAAUUGCUGACAUCAAGGAAUGCCGUGAGCACGUUUUACUCAACAGUGGAGCUAUGCACAGAGAGAGGAGGCACUUUCUGAGAGGAGCAAUGAAGGAAUUAUAUAAAGUUCUGGAGGAUGAACCUGGACUUCUGGGACCGAAGGCCCUGUUUGUCAUCAUGGCCCUUUCAUUUUCCCGUGACGAGAUCCUUUGGCUUGUCAGACACUCUGAGAAUAUGCCAAAGAUAAAGGUGCCCGAGGACUACGUUGACAAUCAGAUGGCUGAGUUGCUGUUCUACAUGGAGAAAUUAAGAGGUCUCAUGAUAAAGUACAACAGUGUAGUUCAGCGCUACCAUGUUCAGUACCUGGCACAGUUUGAUGCCUUGGUUCUCAAUGACACCAUUCAGAACAUUUAUGUGUGCCCAGAAGAGGAGUCAGUCUUAAUGACCUCCUUUGUUUCAACUCUUUCUGCUCUCUCAGUCAAACAAGUGGACAACAAAGAGGAGUUUGAUUUCAGAGCUCUUAGACUGGAUUGGCUGAGAUUACAGGCCUACACAAGCAUGAAUAAGGCCCCCCUUCCAAUAAAGGACUAUCCUGACUUGGCAAAAGUGAUGAACUUGAUCCAGUUUCACACCAAGAUGGUGGAUGCUGUAGAAGACCUCUUGCAUGAAACAUCUGACCUGUCCAUCUUCUGCUUCUACCCACGUGUCUUUGAGAAGAUGUUUAACCAAAGCAGUGAGGAGAUGACUAUGAAGCGUUACCUAAUGGCCUUCCCUUUGGUCUGUUCUCACUUCAGUCAGUGUGGAGACCCUAUCUGCCCAGAAGAGAUAGAGGCAAUGGAGAAGAAGAGUCUGCGCCUGUGUGUCACCUUCUUGGAGCAGAUAGCCAAGCAGACCAGUAAUGUUGUGUUAGAGAUAUGUGCUGAGCAGCGUAACCUCAGCGAUCAGCUGCUGCCAAAGCACUGUGCGGAGACCAUCAGCGCUGCCCGUUACAGAAAGCAAAAAAAGCCGAUGCCAAAAAAAGGAGAGGUCCAAAAAGAAAAGCCAGGCGCUGAGAGCCUCAGGAAAGACAGAACAGUCGCUAACAAUAUGGACAAGUUGCACCUGAUGCUGACAGAGCUCUGCUCCUGCUACAGUCUUUGUGGUGACUUUAUUGUUUUCGACCACAUUGUCGUUCCCACAGAGUUCCUCAUUUCUCAACUGGAGACACGUCUUUCUGAAGUCAUCGUGAGAAUGGCCAAUUACAACCAGACCACCCAGGAGAUCACCCGUCCCUCUGACCUCCUGGCAGGGAUAAAAGCCUACAUAGCCAAUCUGCAAUGCCUCUCCUCCUACAUCAAUCUGGACGUCACCCGGCUGGUGAAGAGCGUACUGCUGCAGCAAACUCAGCCACUCGACUCCCACGGAGGGCAGACUGUUACAACUAUCUACACAAACUGGUACCUCGAGAGUCUUUUGCGCCAGGCUAGCAACUCCCUCAUCGUCCACUGUCCUACGCUGCACUGCUUUGUCAGCCAGGCCACUGACAAUGAACCAAGUUUCAAAGCAGAGGAGUUUUCAGAUAUAUCAGAGUUACAGGCUCUGGCAGAACUAAUUGGUGCAUAUGGCCUGAAGUUUCUGAGUGACAACCUGAUGUGGCACAUCACCUCUCAAGUCACUGAGCUGAAGAAAAUGGUGAUUGAGAACAUGGACAUCCUAGUACAAAUGAAGAACAACUUUGAUAAACCUGAGGAAAUGAUCAAUCUGAAAAAGAGGCUGACAGGAGGAGAGAAUGUUCUGAAGAGGAUGACCAUCAUCGGUGUGAUUCUGUCCUUCAGAGCAAUGAUCCAGGAAUGUCUGAAAGAAAUCCUGCAUAAGCACUGCCCGUACCUGAUGGGACCCAUUCAGUGCCUGAGAGAAUUCAGUUCCCCUGAAGCUGACAUCCAGGUAACUCUGAGCAUUUAUGAGCUGGCUUCUUCUGCAGGGCUAAAGUGUGAUAUCGAUCCUAGCCUCGUUGCAUCUAUUCGUAACAUGCAGACAGAUAACACAUCCCCUGAUGAGGAGCACAAGCUGUCCCGUUUGUUGCUUGUCUACAUUGCUGUGUCACUGCCCACAUUAGCCCUGGACCCCAACUCACUCUACAACCGAGAACAUGGCGGCCACAACAACAACAUCCACUGUUUAGCAAGAGCUAUCAACCAGCUGGCUGCUGCCAUGUUCACCGUCCAGAACAAGAACAUAGAGCAGCAGCUCAAGGAGUUUCUCCUGCUGGCCUCGUCCACUCUGCUUCAGUUGGGACAAAACGUGGAAAGAAUGGAGAUCAAAAACCGAGAGUCCAUCUACCUGCUCCUGCACAUGAUUGUGGAGGAGUCUCCAUUCUUGAGCCAAGACAUGCUGGAGAGCUGCUUCCCGUACGUUCUCCUUCGAAAUUCCUACAGGGAGGUCUACAAGUCCUUUAUUAUCACUCUGGGCUGAAGACCUUGUUAAAAAUAUUUUUCAUUUAACAUUUAUUCAGAGUAAUUUAAGUUGCAUUGCUGUUUUGUUUUGUUCUGUUUUGUUUUGUUGCCAUUUGUACAUUUAAACAUGUCUCCACACAGGUUAAACGUGGCUUUGGAUAUUUUGAUCACUUGUUUUACUAAACCGGGUCUUCCUUUUAUAGUGCUGAUUUGACAGUGUCAGUGUUAUAGCACUCAGCUUAAAUAAAAAUGAAAAAAUCUGAGAAGUUUUGUAGUGUCCUAAGUAUUAUACCUUAAGCCAUCAAUGAUAUAAUGUUUUAAAUAUUUUUAGAAUACAACCACAUCCCAUAUUACACAAGUUGUUGCAUAAACAGUUGGUAUUUAACAUUGUUUCUAACAAAUUUUCCAUGA